AUGGACCUCGCCGCUACCUACGCUGCUCUUAUUCUCGCCGAUGAGGGCGUCGAAAUCACCUCGGACAAAAUCCUCGCCCUGACGACGGCCGCCAACGUUGAGCUCGAGCCCAUCUGGGCAUCCCUCCUCGCCAAGGCUCUCGAGGGCAAGGACGUCAAGGACCUCCUCUCGAACGUCGGCGCUGGUGGCGGAGCACCCGCUGUUGCCGUCGCUGCCGGUGGUGCUGCUGCUGGCGGUGCUGCUGCCGCUGACGAACCAAAAGAAGAGGCCAAGAAGGAGGAGGAGAAGGAGGAGUCGGACGACGACAUGGGCUUCGGUCUGUUCGACUAA